AGGAAACGGAACCACGGAUCCAUCAGCAGGUCCAAAGGGUUUCCUCAGAACCACCGAGCGGAACCAGCUGUCUGUGCGCGGGUCGGAACCAGGUUCGGAGCCGUGGGGAGCGAUGCGACGACCCGGAGGAGGAGCAGAACCGAACCGGCAGCAGCAAACAGCUGACAGGAGGAGGGUCUGAGGUCCAGAGAAAAACAGAAAGCAGGUUUUCCAGCGGUCCUCACUAUGACUGAUGGGGAUUAUGACUACCUUAUAAAGCUCCUGGCCCUGGGGGACUCCGGCGUGGGGAAGACCACCUUCCUGUACCGCUACACGGACAACAAGUUCAACCCCAAGUUCAUCACCACCGUCGGCAUCGACUUCAGGGAAAAGCGCGUGGUCUACACGGCGUCGAACCCCAACGGGACGGCGACAGGAAAAACCUUCAAGGUUCACCUUCAGCUGUGGGACACAGCCGGACAGGAGAGGUUCCGCAGCCUGACGACGGCGUUCUUCAGAGACGCCAUGGGGUUCCUGCUGAUGUUCGACCUCACCAGCCAGCAGAGCUUCCUGAACGUCAGGAGCUGGAUGAGCCAGCUGCAGGCCAACGCCUACUGUGAGAACCCUGACAUAGUUCUGGUGGGGAACAAGGUGGACCUGGCGGACCAGAGGGAGGUCCAAGAGAAGCAGGCCAAGGAGCUCGCUGACAAAUACGGGAUCCCGUACUUUGAGACCAGCGCAGCCACCGGCGCYGAGGUGGACAAGGCGGUGAUAACGCUGCUGGACCUGGUGAUGAAGAGGAUGGAGCAGUGCGUUGACAAGCCGCCCGCAGAUUCAGCCAAUGGGAACGGAGCGACGAAGCUGGGCGACGCCCAGCCCAACGAGAAGAAGUGUGCUUGUUGAGGAAGUCCUCCGUCCUCCGUCCGUCUCUCAGUUCUGUCCGUUUUGAUCGCAUGUUUCUGCUCUUCACUCCUUUAAAAAAAGAAACGAGCCAUCUUCUUCCUCUCCUCUUUAAUUCCUUCCUGUCUGCCUCUCUGACAGAACUGUCUCCCUCUGGUGGACACUACAGGUACAGCAGCCUGUCGGCCUUCAGGAGGACGUGGACAGGUGGACGGUGUCCCCCGUCAGACACAUAAUGUGCCUCGUAAACAACACACAGCCUGGAAGUUAAACUCUGCACGUUCUUUAGUUUUUAACUCUGAGUUGAAGCUUUUUCUUCCUUCACAGCAGGAAACAGAAGUUUAAUUUAGAGUUUAUCAUCAGGCUUUCUGAGUGAAUUCAGUCUUUUCCUUCAGGAUCACUCUGACGAUGAUCGGGACCAAUUUACUUUCAUUUUCUUUGUUUUCUCUGUGUCUGAAGCUGGACCUGUAUCGGCCUCCAUGUCCAUGUUUUUUCACUUAUAAGUAAAGUUUUGUUGACAUUUGCUGAA